GCUUCUUAUCUGUCUGCAGAUCGCAUGUGCGUGAGGAUCUCCAUGGUGACUUGGGCACUUGAGGCAGAAAUAUGAGCUGCAUCAUCUCCCCCUGUUGUCCAUCGACAUAAAAUGCAGUGUUCUGGAACAUGAGAAAGGCAAUACAUUUCCUCCAGUUCUUUGUAAGCUGAUAUGAAGCAGACAGACACCUUCUGAAGUUUUGUGCAUGCUGUGCUCUUUUUUUCUUUGCUGCAACAAGAAAAGCCUUUUCUUUUAACCUGGCUUCCUUUGAAGAAGUAACUCAGGAAGCUUCAUGGCCUCUCAAGAAUAUCAGGGACAAACCAACCCAAUUUUUAGGGAUCACCUCCCUGGUUCUUCUGACCUUUCUGGACAGAAUAAACCUGUUGAACCAACAAGCCUCUGGAAGCAAACAUCACACCCUUAUAACUUGCCACCUGGUCUGGAGUACCUGAACCAGCUGGACCGGAUAAUUAUUCAUCAGCAAGUGGAGCUUCUUGAAGCCAUAGUUGGCACAGAGACCUCCAGCAAAUACGAGAUAAAAAACCAUUUGGGACAAAGAGUUUACUUUGCAGUAGAAGAAAAUGAUUGCUUUGAUCGUAAUCUGUGUUCGCCUAUAAGGUCUUUCACCAUAAGGAUUGCUGAUAACAUGGGCCAAGAAGUGAUUACAGUGAACAGACCCUUGAGAUGCAACAGCUGCUGGUUCCCCUGUUUCCUGCAAGAGUUAGAAGUUCAGUCCCCACCAGGUACAAUAGCUGGAUAUGUUGUACAGAACUGGGACCCUUUUCUGCCAAAGUUUACUAUACAGAAUGAAAGUAAAGAAGAUGUACUAAAAAUAAUUGGCCCAUAUGCAACUUGUGGCUGUUUUGAAGAUGUUGACUUUGAGGUAAAAACUCUCAAUGAGAUGUCAACGAUUGGCAAAAUUUCCAAGUACUGGUCUGGAUUUGUAAACAAUGUCUUUACCAACACUGCCAACUUUGGGAUCCAGGUCCCUGUAGAUCUUGAUGUGAGAAUCAAGGCAAUACUGAUUGGUGCUUGUUUCCUCAUUGACUUAAUGUUCUUUGAAAACUCUUUGGAUGGAUUAUAACAAGAUGACAGAAACAAUAAAAUAUGCAGAAUGUGUUUCAGUAAGUAAAAAUGAACAUAAAUUGAGCUUCUUGCUUUGAAGACUUAUACAUUAGAUACUUUCUAAUUCUUUUUCAUUUUCUUCCAGAAAUCGCUUGA